AUGGUUUGCUCUUGUUGGAUUCCACAUCAUUUAACAAAAUCUCAAAAGGUGCUCGUGUCGAUUGGUGCACACAAAUGCUCAAAAGAAUACAAUGGCGGUGCUUCAAAAGUCGUGCGAGUAUAUAAAAUUGUAACACGUGACGAAGCAUGUAUAUAUGCAUAUGAACCGAAAUGUAAACAGCAGUCAUAUCAAGAUAAACCAAAUCCAACAAAAUUUGUUCGCGCUCGAAGCACUUCGAAACAAAUGAUAGCUUGUUUUUUCGGGAAACUUGAUCAUGUGGCAACAACACCAACUAUAUCAUUACAGGAACGCAAAAUAAUUAGUUCCAAAUGGCAUACAACCAUUUGUUUUCCAGAAGUCUUCAGUAAAAUGCGAAAAAUAAACAAGAGCCGGCUAAUCAUUCAACCUUUCUAG